CCAGUGUAAGUUUUUUUUGGGGGAAAAAGAAAAGCUGGACUUUGGAUAAGAGUUUCAGCGCGUGUUAUUUGUGCAGCGCGGUGUCCGGUGUCCGGAUGUUUCCGGUGAUGUUGUGAGCUGUCCGUGCUUCUGUUCCAUCUGUGUGUUACUAUACAUUUUUUUCCCUUUUUGUGGUUUAUUUUUUCACCCUUCGCUAAACGUCGCAGCAGAGAGCAGCCCGAUGACCAGUCCGGAGAUUUCACCUCAUCCCUGAGCGCGCAGACAAAAAAAGACAUUCUCCACUCCACACUCCACAUUCUGCGGCUCUUCUCCUGCGGAUAAACCGUGCAGCUGUUCGGAUUCAUGCGUUCCCAGAUGGCUCAGCGGUGUGAAGUCAGGCUCUCGUCUCCGACCCGUUGUUAGUAGCUGAGAAGAAUUAAAAUCCAGAAGGUUUCAAAGACGUCACGGAGACCAGUACAGACCAGUACAGACCAGUACAGACCAGUACAGACCAGUACAGACCAGCACAGACCAGUACAGACCAGUACAGACCAGUACAGACCAGUACAGACCAGCACAGACCAGCACAGACCAGUACAGACCAGUACAGACCAGCACAGCAGGGGACUCACUGACUCAUCCUGCUGUUCAACACACACUCACACACACCGAAGGGGAAUGAAGACGGCAGAAUCUGAAGACAGGAUGUCUUCCAAGCGACCAGCCUCUCCAUAUGGGGGAACAGAUGGAGAGGUAGUCAUGGCGACGAGCAGACAGCGAUUGGACGAUGACGAGGUUGACGGACAUGCUGUCAUUCACCUGCCCCUGAGCUCAUACUGCAGCUCACCGCGUGCCCCAGACAGCCCGCCCACACUACACAGCAGCACGGAGCAGGAGAGCGGUAAAGGCCUGGCCCUGAGCCCGUACCCCCAGCACAACACUUCUACCUCACCCAGUAAACAGCAGCAGCAGGACGAAGGCUCGGGUUUGGCCACGGCUCUGGGAACACCGGAGAGGCGUAAAGGCAGCCUGGCCGACGUGGUGGACACGCUGAAACAGCGCAAGAUGGAGGAGCUGAUCAAGAGCGAGCCUGAGGAGGCCCCCAGCAUUGAGAGGCUUCUGUCCAAGGAUUGGAAGGACAAGCUGCUUGCGAUGGGCUCCGGUCACUUUGGAGAGAUCAAAGGUACCCCGGACAGCCUGGCGGAGAAGGAGAGGCAGCUGAUGGGCAUGAUCAGCCAGCUGAGCAGCCUGAGGGAGCAGCUGUUAGCCGCCCACGAGGAGCAGAAGAAGCUGGCCGCCUCACAGAUCGAGAAACAGAGACAGCAGAUGGAGCUGGCCAAGCAGCAGCAAGACCAGAUCGCUCGACAACAACAACAGCUUCUGCAGCAACAGCACAAAAUCAACCUCCUGCAGCAACAGAUCCAGCAGGUCCAGGGUCAGCUGCCACCUCUGAUGAUUCCUGUUUUCCCUCCAGAUCAGAGGACCCUGGCAGCAGCCGCAGCCCAGCAAGGAUUCCUCCUACCCCCAGGGUUCAACUACAAACCCGGCUGCAAUGACCCGUACCCCCUUCAACUCAUCCCAACCACCAUGGCAGCUGCUGCGGCUGCGACACCAGGCCUCGGCCCCCUUCAACUUCAGCAGCUGUAUGCGGCUCAGUUGGCAGCCAUGCAGGUAUCUCCAGGGUCCAAGCACAGCACCGUGCCCCAGUCCAACCUGGCAGCAGGAACACACUCGCCUUCCAGUGGCCAGAGUGAGAAGAGCAGGAACAGCCCACCACCCAAGGCCAAGGACGAGGGCGCUCAGCCCCUGAAUCUGUCAUCCAAGCCUAAGACAUCCGAGAGCAAGUCACCCACCUCCCCCGCUUCCCCACAGGUCCCUGCCAUGAAGCUGGGUCCCGGAUCCAUGAAGCACAGUGCCCCCUCAAGCAUCGGAGGACCUCCGCCCAGAAUCAGCUCCAUAGACCUGCUGUCGUCCAUCACUUCCGGAGGUUACCUGAACGACCACGAGGCCGUGAGCAAGGCCUUCCAGGAGGCUCGGCAGAUGAAGGAGCAGCUGAAGAGAGAGCAGCAGGUCCUGGACGCUAAAGUGGCGGCGGUUAACAGUCUCACCCUCAACAACGGACGCUUGGAGAAGGAGAAACCAGUUCUUGAAAGCCUGAGUCAGCAGAUGAAGCAGUCCGAGGAGAACAAGUUCACUCACGCCAUGAUGGACUUCGGCAUGAGCGGCGACUCUGACGGCAGCCCCAGCGUAUCAGAUUCGAGGAUUUUCCGUGAGGCUCGAGGUCGUGGAAACGGUGAGCCGCACAUCAAGAGGCCCAUGAACGCCUUCAUGGUUUGGGCGAAAGACGAGAGGAGGAAAAUCCUGCAAGCUUUUCCCGACAUGCACAACUCCAACAUCAGCAAAAUCCUCGGUUCUCGCUGGAAAGCGAUGACUAAUCUGGAGAAGCAGCCGUAUUACGAGGAGCAGGCGCGUCUCAGUAAGCAGCACCUGGAGAAAUACCCCGACUACAAGUACAAGCCCCGGCCCAAGCGCACCUGCCUGGUGGACGGCAAGAAGCUGCGCAUCAGCGAGUACAAGGCCAUCAUGCGGAACCGCAGACAGGAAAUGCGGCAGUACUUCACUGUGGGGCAGCAGGCCCAGUUGCCGCUCUCCUCAGGGGGCGUGGUCUACCCCGGCGCUCUCUCCAUGGCAGGAAUGCCGUCCCCUCAGAUGCCGUCCGAGCACUCGAGCAUGUCCAGCAGCCCUGAGCCGGCUCCGCCCACCAACCCGACCUCGUACCUCAGCAUCAGCAAAGGAGAUGAACCUCGCAUCAAGGAGGAAGUUCUGCGGAUGGACGAGAGCAACGGCGACGCCUACGACGACUUCGACUACGAGGACGACGACGGAGAUUUCGGCAGCGACAGCGAAAACCACGUCGCGCAGUAAAUGACAGAAAAAACAUAAACCCUUUUUUUUUUCUGGACCCGAUUCCUCCUUUCUCGUCCCGGUCUCCCUCAAUCCCAUCCAAUCAGGACUCGGAAAACGAGCCGCACUCCCACGACAACCUUCACCCCUCCCCCACCCGCCCUGAUACCAGCAGCAGCAAAGCACAGGACGCGUUCGAGGAACUGUUACACUACAGGAGGACGUCGGACGUCACGUGACAGUCACGUGCGCUCGCAUCUCGAGUAAGCUACAGGAAGUAAGAUACGAUACGAUACGAUACGAUAAGGAAACUUUCACACAGAAAAAAACUUUAUUAUUAUAAUAAUAAAGUAAAAAAAUCACGGGACCUGUCGGGCGGCCUGUCACUUUAAAACGGUGGACCUGCUUGUCUAUAAAGAGACGUUUUUUUUCUCGGUUCUAUAAUAUUCUCACUCAGGUACACGGUGCCAACAAGUGGCUUGUGAAUGUGAUUUGUUGUUUUUGUGCUUACGGUUUUAAUAGAGCUAAAAGAAAAAAAACACUUUUAUUUUCCUGGUUUUGAUGUUUUUAAAAAAAAAACAAGCACCAAACAGGAAUAACACUUUACCUUAGAUUUCUUUUAUUGUUCUUUUUUGGUUUUUUAAGAAUUUACAGCUUGUGUUCGGUGUUAAACCCCUUCACUGAAUCCUGUAUCACACACACACACACACACACACACUUUGUAAUACACACUCAUGCUCUUUACGCGAGCGACAGACCGGUUGGAGGUGUGUUUCGCUCCUGUACACUUUUUUCCCAGCACUUACAAAAUCCUGUGACCCGUAUAUAUUGUUUGGAUCAGUUUUUCUUUUAUUACCCUGACACCCCCCCCGACACACACACACACACACACACACACACGCACACACACAUAAAUCCACAUAUAGGCCAAACGUGAGGCAGCAGGAUGGAAAUAAAAGCAACGUGUUCCUGUGAGAAUGCAAAAACUGCAGAAUUGAGAUCCUGCUCCGUCUCGCUCCCUCGGUUCUGUAUCUAAACAGACUGUUUUCACCAUCAUGGAGAACGCAGAGCCGCACGGUUCCAAGAGAAACAGAGAUGGAGAACAUGUGAGAGGAAAAAUCUCCAUAGACUAGAGUUUGGCACGCGCACGAGAGGGAGAGAGAGUGUGUGUAAGAGAGAGGGAGAGAGAGAAUAAGAGAGAGAGAGAGAGUAUAAGAGAGUGUAAGAGAGAGAGAGUGUGUGUGUGUGUGUGAGAGAGAGAGAGUGUGUAAGAGGGAGAGAGAGGGAGAGAGAGAGUGUAAGAGAGAGAGAGUGUGUGUGUGAGAGAGAGACUGUGUAAGAGAGAGAGAGUGUGUGUGAGUGAGAGUGUGUAAGAGAGAGAGAGAGAGUGUGUGUGUGUGUGAGAGAGAGUGUGUGAGAGAGUGUGUAAGAGAGAGAGAGAGUGUGUGUGAGUGUGUGUAAGAGAGAGAGAGAGAGAGUGUGUGAGAGAGAGUGUAAGAGAGAGUGAGUGUGUGUGAGUGAGAGUGUGUAAGAGAGAGAGAGAGAGUGUGUGUGUGAGAGAGAGUGUGUAAGAGAGAGAGAGAGAGAGUGUGUGUGUUAGAGAGAGUGUGUAAGAGAGAGAGAGAGAGUGUGUGUUAGAGAGAGAAAGGUUUUUAUAGACUCCUACACAUGCUUAAGCAAAGAAACCUCCAGAGCACUGAGGAACUGUGUGUGUGUGUGUGUGUGUGUGUGUGUCUCAUCAAAUAUCCCUUCUUUAAUGACCCCUCUCUCGCUCCACACUUUCCCACAAUAUCACUCUCAACACUUUACUUCCCGUUGCUCCUUAUAGAGGGACCGUGUUGCCACGGAAACGCAUUGAUUGACAGCUACCAUAUACACAAACACCCUGGUCCGCUCAGGCGCCGUCUCGUCGUCCCGUCAUCUUUUUUGUAGUCGUUUCCUCUCUCAGUCUCAGCUCGUUUCUCAUCGGACCAGAUCCAGGCCUGGCCCCGCCCCCUUUUCUUUCUUGGUUGUUUUUUUUUUGUUUUGUUUUUUUUUUUUUAAAUGAAGUACUAACGCAGUGAUGUUUCAGCUCGUGUGUUGUGUUCUGCAUGUCGUUUUUAUUCUCGGUUUCUCUGCUGUUUUAUUUCCCGUCACUCUGCUGUCGAACUCUUGGCUGUCUGAAGGAGGAGCUCUGAGUUUUCACCCUCUGCAUGUCCAAUCCUUUUAUUUUCUAUUUGAAUACUGUGUUUUCUUUUGUUUAUAUUCAGACUGCCUCUAGUGUAAAAAUAAUAAUAAUAAUAAUAAUAAUAAUAUUAACAAUAAUGAUAAAGAUGUUCAGCUUGUUUUUUUUUUAAGUUUAGUAAGUUAUGUACAGUAUAAUUUAUUUUUCACUUUAUCUAUGUUGAUGUUUUUUUUUUUUUAAUUAUUAUAAUUUACAUGAUAAAAAAAAACUGCUUUAUAAAGCGCUAUUAUAUUUAGCUGGUAGAAAUGUAGAUCUAAUUACUCUGUGCUUUACUUUUUGGUUUUUAUUUGAUUAAUUUUUUUCACUUUAUUAAUCCUGUUUCUACUUUUGGAACUCGGUGAACGUGAUAAUUGAAGGAUUUGAUUUUUUUAUUUUUAUUUUUUCUCUCAUCAUUCACGAACUUCUGAACUGUUUCUGAAAGCACUAGGACUCUGGACAUUCAGAGUAAAUUUUUUUUUUUUUUUUUUUUAAUAAUUAUUAUUAUUAAUAUUAUUUCCGACGCUUUUAUGUACAAUGUGAAAUUUUUUAUCUCUUUUAUUCCUCUUUGUUUUAUCGUCCUCUUUAUUCCACCUCGAUAUCAAAGUGAAGACGACGCUCGGUUCCGUUCAGGAUGUUUACUGGGAUUCGUAGUCCUGUCCAGAUAUAUUUGUACUCCUUCGCUCUGGAGGCGUUAAAAAUAAUUCUAACAAGAUAAAAAAAUAUAUAUAAAUAAUUCCAAGAAGGUCAUGCGACGCUCCAGCGUGCGUCUGGUCUCAGAUACGCCGUGAUGGAUUUGUUUUAGCUCCACAUCAUGUUCCAACCUUUUUAAAUCACAGACAUUAAUGUUUCCAUCCUGUUUUAUUUUUUUUUGAUUUGUUCAAUCACAGUCAGGACCUUUACAAUCACACCUAUAACGAAGGACAGGGUCUUGAGCUGUCAAUCAUUUAUGAUAUAGAAAGCAUGACGUUUAUGCUACAAAUAAUAAUAGAUAAGACAAUCAAAGUCAUGGGUGGAGCUGAAAACAAAAGAAAGAAUUAAAAGUAAAAACUAAAACCACACACACACACACACACACGUACACUCGUUCUUUAAAGACAAAAAUCCUACCAUCUCAACUUGAAAAAUCGCUAAAAGAUAAUUAUGUAAAUAUAACAUAGAGGUAUAGAUUUAUAUUUUGUUCAUAACACAGUGUAAUAUAAGUUGUAUAUUUCUUUUUUCCCCUUUUAUUGAUGUUAUUCAUGCCACAUUUAAAAAAAAAAAAAAAACGAGAGUUAAUGUACUCUUACAAAAAAAAAAAAAAAAAAAAAAAAAAGCCGUGGGUUGCCACCAUCUGUUCUGAGUUGACGUUUUUCAGUAUUAUUGCCGGUUUAGGCUCUAAUAAAGACAGCAAUGUGUUCUG